GUAAAUAAGUGCGUGAGAUGUUUACAUUUUUAUCUGUAGCCUCGAAAAAAGCAUUGUGACGCAAUUGACAAUUAAAAUGUAGUGCACUUUUUGUCGCGGAAACUGAAAUCUUCCGUGAUUUAGCAAAGUCUCGUGAUCAGUCGGUCGUGUUGUAAGGUGUUGUGGGGAGUGGUGUUGUGGGGAGUGGUGUUGUGUUGUGGUGUGGGGUGUAGUUGUGGAUCAUGGCUAACUCGAGCCUGGAGAUGGCUGUCACGAAGUAUUGGAGGAGCUUCCAUGGAUACACUGCCAUUGAUGAGAUUGGCAACGGGGACACGGGGUACAUCAUGGCGUCAGUGAACAAUAUCGAUCAGAAGAGCCCCGGGGAUCCGCCCGCUUCCGACAAGCGCCUCAACGACGCCGACGCCGAAAAACAGCCGCUGUCCGGGAAAAAGGAGGAGAGAUGGUGGAAUACGCUAAUGCAGGUGGCAGUGCCGUUCUUCAUAGCUGGCUGUGGUACUAUUGGUGCUGGUUUAGUUCUAGGGACCGUCAGGAAUUGGGAGGUGUUUAUCGAAGUCUCAGCCAUUUUCGUCCUCGUGCCAUCAUUGUCUGGACUAAAGGGUAACCUGGACAUGUGUCUGGCGUCGCGUCUGUCGACGCAGGCCAACCUGGGCAACAUGAAUUCGCCCAGGGAAGUCAUCUCCAUGGUCGUCGGCAACAUAUCGCUCGUGCAGGUGCAAGCGAUAGUCGCGGCGACGAUCGUGGCGAUGUUCGCGAUCGUGGUGAACACCAUCACGGACAGACAGUUCAACGGCAACUACGUGCUGCUGCUGAUCGCGUCCGCCGUCUUCACAGCCACCACCACGUGUUUCAUACUCGACUUCGUGAUGGUGAUGGUGAUAUUUGGGUCGCAGAAGUUCAAGGUGAACCCGGACAACGUGGCGACGCCACUGGCCGCCUCCAUCGGUGACAUCGUCAGCAACUCCGUGCUAGCCGUCACAGCUAACUACAUGUUCGAGCAGAUCAAGACGUCGCUAUGGCAGCCCAUCGCGCUGCUGUGCGUGUACUACUGCCUGCUGCCGCUGUGGGUGUUCAUCGUGUGGCGGAACAAGUACACCAAGACCGUGCUCACGUCAGGGUGGACGCCCGUCAUCUCCGCGCUGUUUAUUAGCGGCGUCGGAGGCAUCGUGCUCGACAAGGCGGUGGACUCGUACCCCGGCUACGAGGUGUUCCAGCCCAUCGUUAACGGCAUCGGCGGUAACCUGGUGUGCGUGCAGUCGUCCAGGAUGGCCACACACCUUCACCAGACGGCCAUCCCCGGUAUACUGCCGGAGAACACCAGGAUCAUCGAGUGGCCGUGGAAGACGCUGUUCUUUGGCACUUCAGCGGCUAAGGUGGCUCGUAUGCUGCUUGUGCUGGCGAUAUUCGGUCAGAUCAUCUUCAUGUGCGUGGCCGACUACAUCUACCAGGGGUUCCUGUCUAUACAGUUCGCGUUCGGCAUCACAUACAUCAUGUGUUCGCUUAUUCAAGUCAUGGUGUUGCUCUAUUUGGCUUACAUCCUCAUCCACUUCAUGUGGAAGAAGAAGAAGGAUCCCGACAACGCCGCCAUUCCCUACCUCACCGCUCUCGGAGACCUCCUGGGCUCAGUCUUUCUGGGCAUGGCCUUCGUCAUACUGGCACUCUUCGAUAUGGAAUAUGGUAACAAUGUUCCUGGAUAAACGAGACUUAAGGCUUGGUGUUUUACGAUUCCUAACGAGAUGCUGAGGCCUGAGUGCAUUUGCAUUCGCCAAUUUCGACAACGAAAUUAGAUGUCAAAAAUGUAUUUGACGUUAAGUGUCAACGCGCUUGCGAUGCGUUAUGUCAAUUUUGAUUUUGACAUCUAACUUCGCUAUCGAACUGUCGAAUACAUUUUGUCAUUUAAGCAUUGUAAUUUAUUUGUAAUAUAUUUAAUUUUAAAGUUACCAGUACAGUAUUGAGUC